CGAUCGCUUAUAUUGAUGAAUUGAAUUUUCUGCAUGAAACACGAUACGCUGUGUUUAUGUUUUGAGUAACCAUGUAAGCUUGUUUUAAUGAAACAGAGGCUUUAACAUUCUCUUGCAUUGGUUUAAUAAAGAAACUUGCAUGGUUUUAAUUUCUUUAUAAUUCAUGAUACUACUUGUUGCAAACUGCGGAAGUGAUUUAAAGAAGAAUAGGACCAUACAAUCUUGAAUGUACAUGUACCCGUAUAUACUGGUUAACAUCAAUGUUAGACAAGCGAACUCGCGUAGGCUUUAGGCUUAUAUUGAAACAAGGAACUAAGAUCUGAAUAGUAGAAGUCACGAUGGCUUCUUGGUAUAGUAACAUAACAAAACAGCAAAUUGGCUUAGAAGGGGAUAACUUCGGAAAUAUUGUAUGUAAACACAGACACGUAGAAGACUUAAGUCAUCAAAGUGACCAUCGCAUCGAUACCAAAAGUUAUUCAUCAGUGAAGGAAAAGCAUGCGAACGAACGUGAUAAUGAGAAUGAUUUGCGAAUAAAUGGAGAUGUCAGAUCUUCACAACUUAAUGACGUUGACUCGUAUACAAAGGUGGAAGUGAACGGAGAAGCCAGUGGUCAGUCACUGGACGCAGGAGACUCGGGAUUCUCGUGCGAUGACCAUCCGGAUAUGGCAGUGGAGGCGUAUUGUGGGACACACGAUGUUGUCGUCUGCAUUACAUGUUCCUCUAGCAAGCAUAGAUUUUGCCGGGACGUCAUUCCAUUGUCUGAAAUUGAUAUCAAGCCGUUCAAAAAGAAAGACCUUAAGAAGUCAACCAAAGAGUUGUCCGAGAUAAGAGAAUCGUUGAUGAAAAUACGUCAGUCAAAGCGCGAAGAACUGAAACGAAUCGAAGCAGAGACAGCAAAAGCCAUACAAGAUCUUCAAGAAUUUAAGGAACUGAUAAAUUGGUUAUUAGAAAGACGUGAACGUAAAGGUAGAAUGCACAUCGAAAAUCGCCACAAGGAGCUUACUCGCGAUAUUAAAGAAGACUUGGAGGAGUGCGAUAAAAUGAUGGCAGAUAUAGAGAAACAGUUACGAAAAUCGUCAAAACAUGAUGACGAGAAAUCAAAGAGAAAAUCUUUUGUAAAAACAAAGAAAACAAACCAGCUUUUAUCAAGACUAAAGAAUAACGCAUCUACACUGAAAGCGUCUGAAGAAUCGAGAUCAUUGAUUAAAUUCACAGUGGACCCGAAAGUUGAACAGUUUGCGCAAAGUCUGGCCUGGUACGGAAAAGAUAAAACAUACCUCUCCUGCGAACCGACCUUGGCUUUUCCGCACUUGUACGAGGUCAAAGGCGAAUGUCAGUAUGAUGUCAGAGUCAAAGGAGACCGAAAUGUUUGUGUCGUCACUUCUGUUUGUCAAAUGCUAGAUGGAACGCUUCUAUUGGCGGAUAACUCGAACUCAAAGAUCAAACAGCUGGACGUGUUGUAUCAAAUUGUAGAUAGUAUACAAUUGUCAGCGCCACCGCUGGUAAUCUUAGCAUUAGGUGACGUUAAAGCUGUCGUUGCAAUAGACACCGCCGAAAAUUCAGUGUUACAGCUUGUGAACGUGGAGUCAAGAAAACUCUCUACCAGUGACAGCUUUACCGUUUACGGGAAGUGUUGCGGGCUCGGGUUUGAUGGCGAGCAUAUAUAUGUUGCUUCUGAAACUGCCAUUGUAGCUUACAGUCAGUCUGGCGAAACUGUGGGUGAGAUUUAUAGUAACCCGCACACUACUUUAACGUCAUUAUCAUAUAGCAGUGCGCUCUGCAAGCUUGUAGUUGCCAACAAUGACGGAGAAAUCUUGGUACUGGAAAGGACUGGUGAAAUCGUUCGGCAGAUUGCAGACGAAAUAUUUACUGGUCAUUGUGCGAUUGCGGUAGAUGUGAACGGACAGAUUCUAGUGGCGAGUUACACGUCCAACUCGGUGGUACAGUUCAACCAUUGCUUGGCUCGUCAAGGCGUGGUGCUGGACCCAGCCAAUGGGGUUCGAACGCCGUUAGCUGUCAUAUUUGAUAGGCUACACUCUAGACUUGUGUUGACAAUGAAAGGCAAAAACUUUGUGAAAAUAUUUGACCUAAAAUAAUUAUAACAAUUGUACAUGUAUAUUUAAUUAUGAUUUUCAAUACUUUGAUAUUGUUUUUUACAACUUGUACAUAAAAUAUGGUAUUGAUGCACGAUUUUAAAAACAAUAAAUUAUAAUGUUAACUUGUGAGCUUUUGAGAUUGUAUAGUAUUGAUGUUUACACAAUCACCAGAUGUGUUUGUAAUAAACGUUCC